UGUGGUCUCAAGUUGGCAGCGGCCCAAAUCCAAUAUUCAUCUGUUCUUCGCUUGGGUCCUUUUCAAUCUCCCCACCCACCUUCAAAUCCCCAAAGUCAAUAACCGGAGGAACCACUCUUUAUUAUUAUUUUACCUCUGUUUUUCCCUAUAGAUCAAUCAUAUAUCCUCUGAUUAUUCAUCACAAGGUUGCGUGUGUUAGCGAUUACGUGUUUGAUCGAUUGUUAGCGAUUGCAGUUCGUGUAAACAAUUUGAACGCGUUGAUUUUUGUGGAGGAUGAGUCGAUUUGAAGCGCACUCGUCGGAUCAUCCUACACCGAGUGUCGGUGAAUGUUCUAGCUCAACUUCGUUGAGUAGUCAACAAGAUGUUGAAGAUGAUGGGAUGAUUGCUGCUGUUUUGUCUGAAGAGUAUGCUCAGUUAGAUGGUUCGGUUGGUCGUCGGCUUACUAAUCUGGAACCUGUUCGGCAUGUUCCUCGGAUUAAUUCCUUUAUCCCCAAUAUUAGUGAUGCCAGUUUGGAUCAUCAACGAUUGAGCCAGAGGUUACAUACUUAUGGUUUAUUUGAAGUGAAGGUUUCUGGUGAUGGAAAUUGUCAGUUCCGCGCAGUUUCUGACCAACUAUACAGGUCACCUGAGUAUCACAAACAUGUCCGAAAGGAGGUUGUGAAGCAGCUGAAGGAGUGCCGUUCUCUAUAUGAAGGCUAUGUUCCAAUGAAGUACAAGAAGUAUUACAAGAAAAUUUCUAAAACAGGUGAGUGGGGAGAUCAUGUCACUUUACAAGCGGCUGCUGAUAGGUUUGCUGCAAAGAUAUGCCUUCUAACCUCAUUCCGAGAUACCUGUUUUAUAGAAAUUACACCACAACAACAGGCACCUCAGCGGGAAUUGUGGCUAAGUUUUUGGUCUGAAGUGCACUACAACUCGCUCUAUGAAAUGCGAGAAGCUGUGGUGCAGCAGAAGCCCAGGAAGAAGCACUGGUUGUUCUAAGGAAAGAUUAUCAUCAAAAAUUGCAUUAUUUUCUUUUAAUUUUUUUGUUAUUUGUAAUAGAAUCAAUUUCCCAUUUCUGUUCAUCUGUACACAUUAUACCCCAAUAACUAUCAACUGUCAGACACUAAGGUGAUGUACAUUCAUGUGCAAAGUUUUCCUCUCAAAACAUUAUAGUCAGAAUUGUAACAAA